CAGGGAUGCAGGUUCGGUUUAGAAACGCAUGCAUUUUAUUCCGAUUGGAAAUCUCGCUGUGCUCGGUGCUCACAGUCUGGACUCACAGCCGAGAAGGAAUGGUCUGAGUAUGCAGCGCUGCAAGGCAACUGUUCUGUCCUUCCUAAUGCUGAUGCUAUUCAAGGUUUCAGCAUUCAAAGUUUCAACACUUAAUUACUGCUACAAAGAAGAUGACUGCAAUCCGUACAUGUGGGCGAAAAGCUUUUCUUCCUGUGUACCUAACGAAACCAAACUGCACUCACCCAUUGACCUCGGUGAUGGAGCAGUGAAGACUGAUUCUGUUCUGGAGCUUCAUGGCUUUGGUGAUCCACAGGCCUCCUGGACUGUGGCUAACAUCCGGGACACUGUUGUUGUGGAGUUUGAUACGGGUAUGACUAUGUCUGGAGACUGGUUACAAUAUGACUAUCAGCUUGUGGAGAUGAGGUUCCACUGGGGGUCCAAAACCACCAAUGGAUCAGAACACACUCUCAACAAGCGCAGGUUCCCUAUGGAGAUGCAGAUUGUGGGUGUUGCUCCUGGAUUCGUGGAUGUGGAGACAGCUUCACAUCAGCAGUCGGGCCUGGCCAUGAUGGGAGUCUUCAUUGAUAUUGGCGCUGAAGAGAAUGUGCCUUUUAAGGCCAUAUCUGAUGUUGUCACCAAGGUGCCAUAUCCAGGAGAUUCAGUGAAUGUCACUCCACCAGCCUUGUUUAAACUCAUGCCUGGUAGAGAUUCAAAGUUCUAUCGCUACCAGGGAGGUCAAACCACUCCACCCUGCCUCCAGAAUGUGGAAUGGAUUGUGUUUGAGAAGCCCAUCUUGAUCUCCGAAGAUCAGUAUUUGAGCUUUGCCACUCAUCUGUAUUACUCUGAUAAAAACAGCCCUGAGAAGAAAUUACUAGUGGAGAACUAUCGUCCCAUCCAGUCCAGCUCCAAGCACCAAAUUUUUGUCUCUACUGCUGUAAAAAUCCACUCGGCGAGAGGAGCCACCCAGAGCCAGCAUGCAGUCUUCAUCCCCCUCAUCAUCCUCUACUGCCUGCUGCAGUUUAUCUUCAAGGUGGCCUAA